GGACUGGUUGGUUUCCUCCCUUAGCCCGCUGCCCUCAAUCCCGGCGAGGCUGGGGCUCCGGCUCGGCGCCCCCUUCCCCGCUCCCUCGCCCGGCGCCCCAUGCCGCCCCCGCCCAGUCCCCGGCUCCCCCAGUCCCCCACUUAGGCCCGCUCAUAAAUACCGGGGUGCCGGCGCGUGGGCUGGGGGCGCAGGGCGCCUGCAGACGGCCCCUGGAAGGGCUUCUGCGGGCUGAGCGCUCCGGAGAGGGGACGCGGGCGGAGCAGGAAGCGGGUCCGCGUGGGAGCGGGGGGCAUCAGCCACCCGGGUGGCCGGGGCAGAAUAGCCCGGGCGGCCAAGGCAGUCACCCCAGGGGGUGAGCGACUUUGGGGGAGUUGGUGCCCCGCCCCCCAGGCCUUGGCGGGGUCAUGGGGGCCCCCCAGUCUGGGCCGGGGGGCGUGCGAGUCGGGGCCCUGCUGCUGCUCGGUUUUUUGGGGCUGGUGUCUGGGCUCAGCCUGGAGCCCGUCUACUGGAAUUCGGCGAAUAAGAGGUUCCAGGCAGAGGGUGGUUACGUGCUCUACCCUCAGAUCGGGGACCGGCUAGACCUGCUCUGCCCCCGGGCCCGGCCUCCUGGCCCCCACUCCUCUCCUAAUUACGAGUUCUACAAGCUGUAUCUGGUAGGGGGUGCCCAGGGCCGGCGCUGUGAGGCACCCCCUGCCCCAAACCUCCUUCUCACUUGUGACCGGCCAGAUCUGGAUCUCCGCUUCACCAUCAAGUUCCAGGAGUAUAGCCCUAACCUCUGGGGCCACGAGUUCCGCUCACACCACGAUUACUACAUAAUUGCCACAUCGGAUGGAACCCGGGAAGGCCUGGAGAGCUUGCAGGGAGGUGUGUGCCUCACUAGAGGCAUGAAGGUGCUUCUUCGAGUGGGACAAAGUCCCCGAGGAGGGGCUGCCCCCCGAAAGCCUGUGUCUGAAAUGCCCAUGGAAAAAGACCGAGGGGUGGCCCACAGCCUGGAGCCUGGGAAGGAGAACACAGCAGGUGACCCCACCAGCAAUGCAACCUCCCGGGGUGCUGAAGGCCCCCUGCCCCCUCCCAGCAUGCCCGCAGUGGCCGGGGCAGCAGGGGGGCUGGCGCUGCUCUUGCUGGGCGUGGCAGGGGCUGGGGGUGCCAUGUGUUGGCGGAGACGGCGGGCCAAGCCUUCGGAGAGUCGCCACCCUGGUCCUGGCUCCUUCGGGAGGGGAGGUUCUCUGGCCCUGGGGGGUGGAGGUGGGAUGGGACCUAGGGAGGCUGAGCCUGGGGAGCUAGGGAUAGCUCUGCGGGGCGGUGGGGCUGCAGACCCCCCCUUCUGUCCCCACUAUGAGAAGGUGAGUGGUGACUAUGGGCAUCCUGUGUACAUCGUGCAGGAUGGGCCCCCCCAGAGCCCUCCAAACAUCUACUACAAGGUAUGAGGGCUCCUCCGACCUGGCUCUCCUGGAUCCAGCCCUUUGUGGGGUGCUCCUCCAGUUUAAUUCACGGUUUGAGGGACACCUCUAGCAUCUCCUUGGCCCCCUUUGCCCCCCCAGCUCCUUUGCUCCUCCUGGCUCUUGCCUCUUCUCCACUUUUAGGAUUCCCUAAGACAUCCACCCAACGACUGCCUGCCCUCUGGUUGGCUGUGUGUGCCCCUCUCUGUCUCUGUGUUCCUGGGUCCUAUUCCCCUGGGGAGGGGGUAAAGAUUCAGCCUCUUCGUGUAACCAUGACCCAGGGAUCCUUGUCCCCCUCACCCACUGAGAGCUAGGAGUGGGAACAGUCUGUCUUUUGGUUGGCACCUCUUUCUGCCUCUCACUGUUUUUCUCUUUUCUCCUCUCUCUCUUAUUUUCUGUCUCUCUCUUCUGUCUCUAGGUCUGUUCCUCUUCCCUAGCAUCCUCCUCCCUGCUUCUCCUUUUAUUUACCCUCUUGGCUUCUUAUCCUGUACCUCUCCCAUCUCCAGGGUGGGGGCAUCAAAGCAUUUCUCCCCUCAGCUCCCUCUUCUGACUUCCCUUACCAACCACUCCCCUCAGUCUGCCAAAAAUGGGGGCCUUAUGGGGAAGGCUCUGGCACUCCACCCCAGCUCAGGGCAUGGGUAGCAGGGCCUCCUCCUCUGCCCUGCCCCAGGCCUCUACAUACUUACUCCAGCCAUUUGGGGUGGUUGGGUCAUGACAGCUACCAUGAGAAGUGUCCCGUUUUGUCCAGUGGCCAAUAGCAAGCUAUGAACCAGUCAGGACACAUGUGGACUUGGUCUGAUGCUGAAUGGGCCACUUGGGACAGGAAGUGACUUGCUCCAGAUAAGAAGUGACCAGGCCUGGACAGAAGUGGCCUGGGAAGUGGAAGCAGUGCAGCAGGAACUGGAAGUGCCUUCAUCCAGGACAGGAAGUAGCACUUCUGAAAUAGGAAGUGGUCUGGCUGGAACCGGAAGUGGCUUAGUCUGGGGGGUGGGGGGAGGUGGAUGGUUCUUACUC